AUGGCGGGGUCAUGUUUCUACGGGCUUAGGCUAAGGAUGUCUAAGAGUAAAGCUUUACCAGACCCUUCAUCUUCCUCCAAGUCACGGUUUGAGUGUGACAAGGACAACAUGGGAAGGAAGAGAUUUGAUAGCAUGGAAUCGUGGUCCAUGAUAUUGGACUCAAUGGAUACAUGGGAGGCUUCAAAGGAGGACCAGGAGAGGGAGCAAGAGGAAUGGACUGCAGACCUAUCUCAGCUCUUUAUUGGUAACAAGUUUGCUUCUGGAGCUCACAGUCGAAUUUACCGUGGAGUCUACAAGCAGAGAGCUGUUGCUGUGAAAAUGGUGAGGAUUCCAUCCCAGGAUGAGGAGACAAAGGCCUUACUAGAGGAGCAAUUUAACUCUGAAGUGGCUUUACUUUCACGUCUAUUUCAUUUUAACAUAGUGCAGUUUAUAGCAGCAUGUAAAAAACCGCCUGUGUACUGUAUCAUAACAGAAUACAUGUCACAAGGGAAUCUGAGGAUGUAUCUGAACAAGAAAGAGCCAUACUCACUCUCAAUGGAAACAAUACUGAGGUUAGCUCUAGAUAUAUCAAAGGGCAUGGAAUACCUUCAUUCACAAGGAGUGAUUCACAGAGACCUGAAGUCAAGUAAUUUGCUUCUAAACGAUGAUAUGAGGGCUAAGGUGGCGGACUUUGGUACAUCUUGUCUUGAAACAAGAUGUCGGAAAAGCAAAGGGAACUCGGGAACAUAUCGUUGGAUGGCACCAGAGAUGCUUAAGGAAAAACCUUACACUCGAAAAGUUGAUGUUUACAGUUUUGGUAUUGUGCUUUGGGAGCUCACUACUUCUCUACUUCCUUUUCAAGGAAUGACCCCAGUGCAAGCUGCUUUUGCUGUAGCUGAGAAGAAUGAAAGGCCUCCUCUGCCAGCUAGUUGUCAACCAGCACUAGCACAUCUGAUGAAGCGUUGUUGGUCAGCAAACCCCUCAAAACGUCCAGAUUUCAGUGACAUUGUGUCCACUUUGGAGAAGUGCGAUGAGUGUGUGAAGGAGGGCCUACCAAUGAGCCAUCAUUCAGGGCUAGUCAGCAGAAAUGUAAUUAUUGAACGCCUAAAAGGCUGUGUUUCAAUGAGCUCCUCCAUACCUGUACAUGCUUGA